UAAAACAAGAAAUCAUCUUACAAGAAGAAGGAUACUCUCUAUCAAGGAAAGGAAUCAUGAAGACUCUACUCUCACUCUUCUGUCUGGUUACUUACCUGACCUGUGCUCUCAGUGCUAAUGGCUGGCCAGUCUCUCUUGACAUGGCUUGUAAUAAAGCUCUUUCUGCAGUUGCUUGCUCUUUUGAGUUUACCAACAAUGCAAAUGAGGAUCUUUAUGUACUCAAACGUAACACUCCUCUUGAAGGACUCAACUCUCAAUUCAUCUCUGUCUCUCUUGAUGGUCGUCCACUGGAAUAUGAAGGUAUCAUUAUUCAUCGUCUCCCUCCUACAAAGGAUGAGUUUGUUCUCUUGAAGGCAGGUGAGAGUAUUUCUGCCUCAGUCCAAAUCACUGAUAUAUUUAGCAUUGAUACUGAUGGUCUCUACACUGUACAAUACAGUAGACCUUUACAGUAUCUGUCAGUGAAUGAGAUGAGUGCAAUGUCUAUUGGUAAGCUCAGGGAAUUGGUUGUACGUGAAUCCGUUCACAUUCAUUUGGAAAGGACUCGUCUUCUCGCAAAACCAAAGGAGCAAAAAGUAGAAAUCGAUUACACUGUCUACAUUGAAUCCUGUACUGCUGCUAGUUUCUCUAACGGUGAUAGGAACAACUCUGGUACUCUGGACUCACAUAAGCUGCUCUGUGCUGGACUUGAUAAAGUUAUAGGCGAAGUUGGAAACGAUAAUCAUUACAGGGAAUGGUUUGGAGCAUGGACAUCAUCAAGAGGUGCGACAGUCAAAAAUACCUACACGCUAGCAAGAAAUGGAAUAGCAGGCAAAUCUCUCACAUAUUACAACAAUGGUCCACUGUGCAAGUCCAACUGGAUAGCAUACACGUAUAAAUCAUAUACUCAAACAGUUGUAUAUCUUUGCGACUUGUUCUAUGGUUAUCCAACAGCUUGCAGGGGUGCUAGCUACACUAAAGAAGGUACAUUGGUUCAUGAAUGGGUCCAUGCCUUCGCUAAGCGUGAUGAUGUUGUCUAUGGAGCUGACAACUGCAGGAAUUUAGCCAAAACUAAACCUGAUGAUGCCAUAAGAAAUGCUGCCAGCUAUGAAUUCUAUUACUGCACAGGUCAAUAGACUGUAUGUAUGGGCAGCAGUGAUACAAGCCAAGAACUUUAGGACUCAUGCAACACUAUAGGACAUGCACAG